AUGUUUCGUUCACGGAUACGCAGCCGACUGCUGGAGCGCUACGAGAGACAAGUCUGCGAGAAACUCCACCAGCGAACGAACAAUGGCUCUGAGCGAAGCUUUGCCUCGGCGCAGGCAUCGACGAGAGGAUAUGCGACGAGCAAGAGUUCAGCGAAUGCCAAUGCCAAUGCUUCGAAAGCGGUGAACAAGGCUGCGCCUGGGUCGACGUCUUCUCCACGAAUAUCCUCCUCUACCACAACGACAGGAACAACAGGAGGAGAGGUGGGAGUAGGAACAGGAGCGGCCCUACGAACAGCCGAGGCACGAGACUCUGCGCUGCGGGCAGCGCGCAUGCGACGACUCGCGCAGCAGCAAGAUAGGUUGGCCGAGGAAGCGAAGAAGAAGGAGGAGAAGAGGGAGUAUAAGAGGAGGUAUGAUACGGCGGCGAGGAAGUGGGUUUCGACGAUUAUUGCGUUGCCGAUAUUGCUUGUGACGAGUUAUUAUUUGUUUGACAGACUUGCGUUGAGGAAUGAGCCGAAGAGUUUGGAAAAGUAUCGGGAGAAGAAGUGA